GAGAAUAAGUCUUAGUUUGAUGAAGUUGCGCUGUAAAAGUAAUUACUGACUUUGAUAACACGUAAAGAGACAUACUAAAUGUUUAAUUUUGUGUUUUAUAAGACACAGUAAACAAUGGUAUUUAAAUGUUUCAUGCUACACACUGUUUGAGAAAGUUUAUCACACGAACGAAAUGAAAACAUUCAAGUUAGAAAAAUCCAUCAAAGCAAUUGGCAUCGCUCAGAUCACCCUUGGUUUACUCACAGUCGCUUUUGGUGUUGUUAUUAUAACCCUUCUUAAUCAAAAUUACUUCAUCAAUAACAAUGCUGUUCCUAUAUGGAGUGGUGUAGCAUUGAUUUGUACUGGUAUCUUCGCAGAGCUAUCUAUCACAAAUGUUGAUGAAAACUGGUUAAUCAAGUGUUAUGUUGGAUGUAACGCUCUUUCCAUUUUUCUACUCUUCCUUGAAGCUUGCACUUCUCUAGCUGGCAUAGUGUACUACGAAGCAUGUCCAGCUCAGGUAAGAAGAAACCACUAUAACUACGAACCUGAGCCAUCUUUUCCGCCUUGCCUGCACGCAGGGGUUGGCAGGGGUAUGUUUAGUGUCACCUUUGCUCUAGCUGUGAUUGCAAGUAUUGUAACUGUUGUGGGAUUCCUAAAAAGUCAAAAAUUAUCAAGUUGUCAAGGAGACAAAAAAGAUUCGAAACUGAGUUUACUUGUGAAAGAAGAUGAAGUAGGAGAUGUUCAACACGAUCUCGAAGAAGGUAGUCAGAUUGUGACGUUGUUAAAUGGAAAGAAAUACGUUCUCAUACCAUACUCCUUUGUAGAAGUAAUCACGACGUCUCAAGUGAACAAAGAUCCCCCUAAAUAUGAAUACAAAGAUGAAUAAACACGAAGCUACACUUUGACAUGGCUUUCAUACACUAAAUAAUGUGCAUCCCGCAACCUGUAUGAUGUGGUAUUCUUAAAAAAAAUUAUUUUCAUUUUUAUAAAUUGAUAUCCGUUAUUAAAUUUUAAAUAUACUUGCAAAUGACAGAAAAAUUCUGUUUUUAUGAAUUAUUUUUCUUAGGUAUAAUGCUUGAUUUUAAAGGCCAGCUGACAUGUUUAUAAAGGGGUUUGGGGUGAGUUAAUUACUAUUAUCUUCGUUAGAUGGCAUCAAGGAAGAUACUCCAUUUUAAAAUCUCUAGAUUAUUAUAUAUCGCAUCCCCAACCGUCUUCAUUGUCGAAUUUUUGUCAGAUCUUUCACAAACGGGGCUUGUCCCUCACAACUAUUUUUUUUAAUUAUACGAGUACAGAAUUUAGUAUAUUUACAAAAGGGUAAGACCAGGGAGGAAAGCUGUCGAAAAUAAAUGUGGGGUGUUAAUAAAUAAAAAG